GCAGUCGCCGCUCUUGCCGCCAGUCCGGCCAAUUAAGGCAAACAAGCGGCAGAAUUUGAAUUGGGAGCCCGUUGUAACGGCCGGAAGAGAGGCGGGGAUCGGGUCGCCAUCUGCAUCGGCCUCUCGGGGAGACAGACUCGACACACGGGAUGGUGGAGGCAGCAAUAAUGCCAGCGCUGACGGAUCCGAUGCUGCCCGGAGAAGAUCAAGUGGAAAUUAGAGGCAAUCAUGACAGUCCCAAAAAGGAAAAUCUGUUGCUUCCAAGUACAACGAAGUUUCCAGAAGUUAUUGAGACAACUCAGCUUACCUAUUAUGAGCGAUACAGGGCCUACCAGGAUUACAUCUUGGGUGAUACUAAACCAUCAGAAGUGAAAGAUUUCAUUGCAGAAUACUUGGAGAAGGUCCUCGAACCGUACGGAUGGCAAGCACUCUGGUCCAAUGAUAUGUUUGAGGUGCUUGUUGAGGUGACUGAUGUGGAGACUUCAAGCCACAAGGCUGUGGUAAAGUUAAGCGAGCCAUUCCUUUAUGAGUCUGAAACAUAUCCUCUUGAUGCAGAAGCAAUGGAAAGUUUUCUUGAGGCAAAAAAGCACUUGGUGCCAUUGCAAGAACUAUAUGUGGUGAACGAUGAGUCAGGAGAGUUUGACCAAACUGCUCUUGCCAUUGAACAUCUUCGAUUUUUCUUUCUUCACAUUUGGAGAAGAUGGGACGAAGAUGAUGAAGAUGAUUUUGAUUAUUUUGUCAGAUGUUGUGAACCAAGAUUAAAACUGUACUAUGAUAUUCUUGAAGAUCGUGUUCCUGCUGAUCUUGUUGCUGAAUAUAAUCGGCUGUUAACCCAAUGUGAGGAGACUUAUAAAGAAUUUGUAAAAGUGAGAGAGAAUAUAUCUAUUAGUGAUUCAGCGGCAGAAUCUGAACUGAAUAAUGUUUCCAUGGUGGAAGGAGUUAAACUUUGUGAACAAUUGGAGAAGCUUAAAUAUAAACUUCGAAUAAUGGAGGCCCCACUUUAUAGGUAUGUGCUAUGUCAGGAUGGCUAUGGAUUCCCAGCAAAGCAGGCUAAAGGACUUCGUCCUUCAGGUGAAAAUGUUAUUCAUGUAGUUUCAAAUUCUAUGACCAUCACUCUGCUACAAUCUCUGCUGAGGGAGAAACUAAACCCGGACUGUGUUACUCAGGAGCAUGUGCUCAAGUUUCACAGUGAUCCACUUCUAGCAGUAAAUGCCUGCUUUGAAAGAGAUGUUGUUGUUAUCUGUCCUGGCCAUUACUAUGUGAAUGGCUACUUCAGCAUUGCUGAUUCCAUUCAAGUUGAAGGGUAUGGGCUUCCUGAUGACAUUGUGCUGGAAAAGGAAGGUAAAGGAGAUGCCUUUGUUGCUUGCACUGCCAGUUGUUUAAAAAUAUCCAAUUUGAAAUUUAUUCAGCAUGGUGCUACAGAGGGUAUUCUAUGUAUUCGUAAGGGUCAGGCUAUUCUGGAGAAUUGUGUAUUCCAGUGUGACACUACAGGAGUUGUAUUGAGAACCACAGCAAAAUUACACAUGAAAAAUUGUGACCUGUAUGGAGCAAAGGGGGCAGGACUUGAAAUUUAUCCAAGCAGCACAUGUGAGUUGUUUGGAAAUGACAUACAUCACUGCAAGGAGGGAAUACGUAUUAAGAAUUUUAUGGAGGAACUUUAUGAUGUACCAAAAAUAACAAUGAUGAACAAUCUGAUUCAUAACAAUGAAGACUACGGUAUCACAAUGGCCAAAUUUGCCAUACACUUACCAAAAAAGAAAAUUUCCUCUGCAGUUGCAACACAAACAAGUGAUACAGAACAAAAACAGAAUCCACAGAACAACAUCGAUGAAAAUAAUUCAGAGUUAAAUUCUGACUCCUGUGAAAUGCAAAAUGUAUCACCUUUAUUAAUUGAGUGUAGUUCUAACAAAUGUGAACAAGCUGUGGCCUUGAAUCCUUCUGAUGCUGCUGAAUGUGAUGAAGUUAUAACAAAUGAACUAAUUUCUACUUCUGCGACAAAGAGGGAGCAAUCCAGAAGCAGAUUAAAUGAGACGCUAGAUGCUGGGGUGAUUGAUAUGAUGUCACAAGAAAUGUUUCUAUCCAUCGUCAGUAAUCAUUUUAAGAAAAACGGGAAAGGAAGCUUUGGAAUUGUGUACUCCUAAAUCCAAUGUAACAUAAACCCUGAUGUAUGAAAUACAUUUGUACAUAAUUUUUGAAGCAACUGUAUAACAACAUUUUUCAUCAGCUUAAAGUUGUGUAUGUAAAAUGGAAAAAUCACAAAGCUU